AUGCUUGCGCUCAUCUCACCUGCAAAAAAACUACUCUUCCCUUCGUCUGCUCCUAAACACACACACACGCAACCACUGUUUAAAACAAAUACGUUAGAGCUCAUCACAAUCUUACAGGAAUUUUCCAAAGAAAAGCUCCAGGACCUUAUGGGGCUUUCUGACAAACUAGCAAAGCUUAAUGUAGAACGCUUUCAAGCUUUCUCAAAAAACUCCACAGAAAAGAAUGCACAGCAAGUAAUUUUGGCGUUUGCCGGGGACACUUACCAGGGACUUAAAGCCGACACAUUUGAUAAACAAGAUUUAAACUAUGCUCAAGAACAUCUCCUUAUUUUAUCAGGGCUUUAUGGCCUAUUGCGCCCUUUGGAUUUGAUCCAACCUCAUCGCCUAGAAAUGGGGACAAAACUUUCAACUCAUCGAGGCAAAAACCUCUAUGACUUUUGGGGGAGUUCUCUGCUAGAUUUUUGCGUUAAAAAAGCAAAAGAACACAGAAACCCAACGCUUGUUUUUUUGGCCUCAAAUGAAUACCUCAAAGUGCUAAACGUUUCUUCAAAAAAAGGACUUCCACAUGUCACAUGCCAUUUUAAAGAAGAACAAAAUGGCACAUUGAAAACAAUUGGCCUGUUUGCAAAAAAGGCGCGUGGCAUGAUGGCUCGCUUUAUGCUCCAAAAUCGCCUUGAGACCCCUAAUGACUUAAAAGAAUUUCAAUCUGAGGGGUACAUUUUCAGCCAAAGAUUUCUAACGACACAGA